UUAGUCAAUCUCCUUGUAUGCGGCAGCCAUUCAUUUCAAGCCAGUCUGACUUUGCUAGCCGCAAGGCUCUCAUCAAAAUGACAACUUCUGCCUUGGUCGCCUUGGACUCUGUUGCCUACGAGACAGUCUCACUAUGCAAUGGCUCUAAGCUCCUCAGCAUGAAGAGCCAAAAGGACAAGAGCAAGUGCAUGUGUGAGCCGAUGCGAAUGCGAAUGCCUAUGUGGAUGUGGAUGAUGAUGUGAAGGAGAAAUGGUGCGCAACCAAAUGCAACUCUCAAAAAAACACAUUCAAGCUAAGGUAUUGCACCGCGGCUUGGCACAGCUGCAGGCGCUUCUUGCCGCCCUAUCUCGCCACCAGCGGCUUCAAACCGCAGAGCUGCUGUCUAUGCAGCUGAGGUCUGCCCUCAUUCAGCAUGGAGAGGUGGCGCGGUGGAAAGAACUUUGCCAGAAAAGAUCGGCAAUUCCCGAAGGUAAAUCUUUGUGCAAUGCUUCAAGGGGCUACAGAACUUGGUCCAAACAGUCCAAGCGCCAUCGGCGUGGCACUGGAGCAGUGUCCGCGAUUCGUGUCGGCCGGGACAGCAUGGGCUACAUUGCCCGUCUCACGGUGAACGGCAUCACAGUGAGUUCAAGGUGCACAAAGUCAUUCCAGGACGCUGACUAUUUGAGGCAAUUGCUAGCGGAUUUGCAUCAAGUGUUGGAGGCAAUGCCUGGAGCAUUUGAUCAAAUUUUCCGUGCUGCGUUUACACCAGGUGGGCGAGGCGGAGACCUUGCACCUCCUUUGCCCCAGGGCAUUCUUCGACUGCAGGAAUCAGCCUGGCGCUUUCGGGUGCGGGUAGAUGCUCGAGCAUGCACCGGGCGCUUGUUGACUUCCAGAAGCUUGACUUCUGUUGAUGAGGCACUAAGCCUUUGCAAGGAGGCGCAUGUCGCAAAGCAACAUGGCUGGAGUGCACUACGUUCCCUUUGGGCCAGGUGCAUGUCUCUGCGGCGGCACUCUGCAUCAAAACAUGCAUGCUGCCGCCUAGCAAAUCUGGAUGCGAGCAGGGAGAAGUACGCCUCGAAAUCAGCCACUUCAUCUCAGCAGGAUUACUAUAGGACGCCCGUGCCAUUCCUUGGCACAUGUUGUUUGGUCCUUUACGCUGCCUUGACGCCAUUCCCAAGCUGGAGUUUUGUGAGCCCGAGACACAGACUGGAGCGACGCUUGGCAGCGACCUCGUAAAAGACCAAAGCUGCUCAAUCCUUCCAGAGUCAGAGUCACGCCAGUUUGGCCAGCUUGGCCAGUCAGUCCACUGACGGUCCCGAAGCCAGAUCUCGAUGCAGUGACAUGAGCUCUGAAAUGCUUCGGACUCAUGAGAAUCAUGAGAAUCAUGAGAUUCCAAAUCCCGUGAAAUUGGGUUCAGAACAGAUUCCAGUUUGAGCCAUGGAGGGUGGACUGUGG